GUUUGGUUCAAGCAAGCGCUCCCCAACUUGGGAGACUUGGUGGAGACCGUGCCAAGUGGCUGUAUGGCGAUGUUUCAAAGCUUGCUAUGCAGCUACACAGAUACAGGUGGUUCCGAUUCUUCCUUGACCAGACUGCUAAGCAACUACAAGAAGCUUAUCCAUGAGGAGGGCUACAUCGACACGAAAACCGAUGCAGGCUUCAACGCCACGGCUGUUUUUCUCGAAAGCCUUGAGGCUACAGCUCGUGCCUUGCGCUUGGAGCCAGCCAAUCGAUCGUAUCGAUCUGGCUUUACCAUCAACUACCGGGCCCUCUUUCCCGACGAGUCGAGAAAUUAUCGGGUGGACAUUCUCGAAGCCAGCGUUGAGCAGAACGCGGUGAUUUGGGUGAAUGGCGACAAGUUUGAGUUCAGCCAGGAGGCAAUGCAAUGCGCUGAGGACCUCCAAAGGGCUUGGUCGGAGCUUUGCCAUUUGUUGGACCGUUGGAAGUCAGGUGAUGCGGGCGACAAACCUCAGCGGACAGAAAUGAGAACCUCCUUAGUGACCCUGGAUGUUGCAUGGGCGGCCUUUGAGAAGAAAUACAUCAGUGAGCUUAUUGCGAUCGAGGAUCAGGCAAGGAAGCUUAUUGUGCAGGCUGUCGAGAGUGAAAAGCGGCUCAGAGACAUGGAAGGGAAGUACGGCGAGACCGAGGCUUUGCUGGCGCGACCUGAGUAUCAAGCAGAGCAGAGGAGGCUGGUCGGGUGCAUUUCUUACCUCAACUCUGUGGCGAACUUCCGACGGAAGGGCCGCGACGACCUGUCCGCCGAGGUCUUGUUUGAUGCAGUCAGGACAAUACAGCGCUGUGACCUCGCAGAGAAGAACGGCCAGAGCACCGAGCUCUCUGCUGCUGCGCGCACUCUAUGCGGUGACGUAGUGGAGUCCUUCGUGGCCAUGCGCCUUUACCUCCGUGAGAUCGGCAAGUGCCUCGAGCGGGUAGAUCCGCAUCUGUGCAACAAUGCAGGCCUUGUGACCAGGCUAGUUGAUUGGGAAGAGAGCUGGGAGGUCGGGGCUCGAUAUGUUCAGAACGAGUUGCUGCUGAA